ACCAUUUAAACUUGAAUACAUUUUUAUGACCUGUUGUUUUAUCUUACCAUGGACUCUUCGUCUUUCGGUAUUGUUUUUGCGAGCAAGUGGACACUAGCUAUAGUUUUUGCUGCGAUAAGUUACUAUAUGUGCAAAGGACAUUACACAGCUGAUUCUGUUAAGGUUGUGGACGUGGUUUAUAAUGAGUAUGACUAUAUCAUAAUCGGGGCUGGAUCUGCCGGCUCUAUCCUUGCCGCACGACUUUCUGAAGAUCCAAGAUCGUCCGUAUUACUUCUAGAAGCCGGCGAGACCCUGGUGAAGGCGCCUAUCUUCUACGAACCGUGGAGAUACAUACAUCUGCUGAACUCAACAUACGACUGGGCGUUCCUGACCGUGCCCCAAAGGAACGCUUGUCUCGGAAUGAAAGGCAGGAGGUGCUUCUGGCCCAGGGGUCGAGUGGUGGGCGGCUCCAGCAGCAUCAACGUCAUGCAGUACACCAGAGGGUCGCCCUUUGACUUCGACGAAUGGGAAGCAAAUGGUUGCAAAGGAUGGGGCUUCAAGGAUGUUCUUCCUUACUUUUUAAAAUCCGAAGAUAUGCUCAUGUCGGAAUUUAAAGACUCCAAGUACCACAAUGUUGGUGGUCCUUUGGCUGUGUCUGGUGGGGACGUGACUCCACUGGCCCAGGUGUACAGAGAUGCGGCGAAAGAACUCGGGUACGCAAUUACUGACUACAAUGGAGAAUCACAAGAAGGAUUCAACAAGAUACAGUACAACAUUCGAAAUGGCGAAAGGAGUAUGCCUGGUACCGAAAUGCUGAUGGGAUUGGAUAGAAAAAACCUUCACAUCUCCGUCAACAGCCAUGUCAGUAAGAUUGACAUUCAUAAAAAUGAGGCCCAAGGUGUGUGGUUUAUCAAGGAUGGUAGGAAGAUGUAUGUGAGGGCCAACAUGGAGGUCAUUCUCUCGGCGGGGACGGUGGGAACACCCCAGCUCCUAAUGUUGUCGGGGAUCGGUCCUAGGAGACAUCUGGAAGAAAUGAACAUUACUGUGGUUGCUGAUCUUCCUGUCGGGGAGAAUCUACAGGACCACGAGAAAGUCAGCGUUUGUGUGGGAAUCAAGCAGCCAUUAAGCAUAACACCGAGCGUUCUUAAUAGCUGGAAAAACUGGCUUAGGUAUAAGCUCUUUGGGACCGGACCACGAUCCAUAGCGAUAACAGAUGGAUCAGCGUAUGUACACCUCAAUGACUCAAGUAAAGGCAAGAAAUAUCCGGAUUUACAGUUCGUUAUAUAUAGCACCUUCAUAAGGAAGAACAUUUUCAAUUACAAUGAUGAUGUUGCCAAGGAAAUGAUUCCGGAAAGCGAAGAAGCGCACGGUAUAUGCCCGUUCGUUACACUAACACACCCGAGGGCUAGAGGGACGAUAAGGCUCGCCUCGGCGGACCCGUUCGACUAUCCAGUUAUUGAUCCGAGGUAUUUUGAAGAUAGACGGGAUAUUAUGGAUCUUGUCGGCGGAAUACGAAUCUGGGAGAAAAUGUUUCAAACAAAGGCUAUGGCUUUUCUUGGAAUUAAUCUCAAUGAUUUGCGUAAGUCCUUUUGUUCUGAGUUUGAAUUUCGGUCAGACGUUUACUGGGAGUGUAUUGUCCGGCACACGGCGGUGACUCAAUACCACCCAACCUCUACGUGUAAGAUGGGACCCGAUAACGACCAGACUGCAGUCGUGGAUCUGCGUCUGCGCGUGAGGGGCGUCGGACGCCUGCGUGUGGUGGAUGCCUCCGUGUUUCCGGCUGUGACUUCCGGUAACGUGAACGCUCCGACCAUGAUGAUAGCAGAGAAGGCGGCGGACAUGAUUCGUGGCGUGAAUACGGUGCAUCAUUUAACCAGGGAUGUCUGAUUUAGCAUGUAUGGUGGACAUAGUAUGUGUCUUUCAAAACCUCAAAUACGAAGACAUUGGGCUGAUUAUAAACACACACACACACACAAAACUUUGUUAACUUUAAAAGCCGCUGUUAAGUCAGCGUUAUUAAUUUUCAAAUAUUUCCUGCUCUGAAACUUUAAUGGAUACACUGCUUCCAGUGAUGUGCAUUUUUUAAGAGUUGAGGCAACGGUGUCCCGGCUGUACUUGUUUUAUACAAAAGUAUGAGAACAUCGUCAAAUAGUUCAAGUUUAAAAGUUAAAGCUGCACUCUCACGGAUUGAACGUUUUGACAACAUUUUUAUUUUUUGUCUUCAAACGAGCCAGUUUAUGCGCAAAAGCAUGAAAACCAGUUAUAUAAGACUGCUGACGAAAAAUCAGAUCGCAGAUUUUCAUAUUUAAGUUCAAAAAAUGAUGUUUUAUGCAUUUUUCUUAAACGGUUUAAGCCAUAACACAUUUUUUAUCAGCAAUCUUAUAUCAUUAGUUUGCAGAUAUUUACAAAAAAAUGGCUCUUUCCAAGACAAAUAAUAAAAAAAGUUGUAAAAAUGGUAUAUCUGUGAGAGUGCAGGUUUAAGCGUCCAAGCUUAGAGUUUAAUUUUUGAAGAUUUGUCCAAUGGGAUUGCACUAUUUUUCAAAUCUAGCGUACUGGGCGAGUACCUAAAUCGAAACAGUACCUAAAUAUGGAACACCCAUUAUAAAAGUGUUUUUCGAUCGAGAUCAGUUUAUUUACGAUUUUAAUCAAUAAAGACGCUUGCUUCAGAUACAAGUUCCAAUGAACACGAUUUUCCGGUAAGUAUUUAAAAUACUGCGAUCAUUUAA